CAAAACUACACAGAGAAACCCUGUCUCGAAAAAAAACAACAACAAACCCUCCCCCCCAAAAAACAAAACAAAACAAAAAAGAAAAGAAAAAACAAAGCAUCGAUUGCCACCAUGUUGAGGAGCGUGACAGCAGGCAGGCAUGGCGCUGGAGCGGCAACUAAGGGCUCACAGCUCAGUCCACAAACAGGAGGCAGAGGGCCUAGCUGCUUCUGGAGAUGAGGUCUCACAUAGUCCGUAGCUACUUGCUGAGCAGCUGAGGCUGGUGGCCCUCCUGCCUUUACCUCCUUAGUUUGGUAAGGUUGUACACACCUGUGCUUAUUGGUGAGCAUGCUGCCUGGCUGCUCGCCCACUACAGGACCCUGUUGGGUAGUAGGGGAAGAGACUGUGGCUCUCGUGGAAAGCUAGCUGCUAUCAGAUUCCAUGCAUGGUCCUGGCUCUCAGACUCUGGGUAGGGAAGGAAGGAAAACCACAGAGGCUCUGGGAGUCAUGAUUGGGACUCGGGUUGUUGUAUAGGUUUGCUGAGGCUGUUUGCAGGAAUGUCUGACUUGCAGAGGUCAGAGGCAUUGCUCUGUGGUCCUUGUGGGGUUUUCUCCACCCUCUCCUCGGUGUAGUCCAAUAUACCCAUUCAUUGAGUGCCACGCACUAUUUGGGGUUGCCUCUCAUGAAAGUGUUUUGGUGUUUGCAUUAGGCCCAUGAGCCUAUACCCUCCUCACAGGUAGGCAUCCUGGGGUCCUGGUGCUGCUGGUGUGGAGGCCUGGUGACUGGAGGACCUUCUGACUAAGGCUGAUGGUGGCUAUUGAGGGCAGGGAGAUAUAAGCAUGCCUUGCACCAGAUUACCCAGCUUCUCCAGGAGGAUUUACCUGAUGCCACAAGGGGAGUGACACUCCUGGGGUGCAGUGCAGUGGCAGUGUUGACAGCUCCAAGGCAGACAGGAAACACACUUGGGGUGCAGUUCCAAGAUGCCUUUGCUCUGGAGGUCCUGGGAGUGGAGACUCAGUCCUCUCCACUGCAGCCAGGUUAGACACACUCACCAUACCACACAGGCUGGGCAUAAAGAGGCCAGAAGCGUGGGGUUUGGAGUCGGCCCUAUGGUCUGUUGGCAUGAAUACCUGGUAGGCUUCAGAUACCCAGAGCAGGGGUAGUUUGGGCUUGCUCUUGUGCUGUGGCCUCUCACUGAUGGCCUCUCGCCUGUCUGAACAGACUGCCUGCUGAUGCUGGUCUACAAGGACAGGUGUGAACGCUCCAAGGGUCUGCGGGAGCGCAGCAGUCUCACCCUGGAGGACAUCUGUGGCCUGGAGCCUUCUCUGCCCUAUGAAGGCCUGGCCCACACUCUGGCCAUCAUCUGCCUGUCCCAGGCCGUCAUGCUGGGCUUCGAUAGCCAUGAGGCCAUGUGUGCCUGGGACACCCGUAUCCGCUAUGCGUUGGGCGAAGUGCAUAGGUUCCAUGUGACGGUAGCUCCUGGCACCAAGCUGGAGAGUGGUCCAGCCACUCUCCACCUCUGCAAUGACAUCCUUGUUCUGGCCAAAGACAUCCCUCCGGCCGUCAUGGGGCAGUGGAAGCUGUCUGACCUCCGUCGCUAUGGGGCUGUGCCGAAUGGAUUCAUCUUCGAAGGCGGGACCAGGUGUGGGUACUGGGCUGGAGUCUUCUUUUUGUCCUCAACUGAGGGAGAGCAGAUCAGCUUCCUGUUUGACUGCAUUGUCCGAGGCAUCUCCCCGACCAAAGGCCCAUUUGGACUCCGGCCAGUUCUCCCAGACCCAAGCUCUGGGGGGCCCACAGCCUCAGAGGAGCGUGUUGCCCAGGAGGCGCUGGAGGCCCUGCAGCUGGAGAAGCGACUUAGCCUGCUUUCACACUCCGGCAGGCCAGGCAGUGGAGGGGAUGAUCGAAGCCUGUCCAGCUCCUCCUCCGAGGCCAGCCACUCAGACAUCAGUGCCAGCAGCCGCCUCACUGCCUGGCCAGAACAGUCCUCGUCCUCAGCCAGCACAUCACAGGAAGGGCCAGGCCUGGUGGCUGCCCAGGGUCCAGGAGAAGCCAUGCUGGGAGCCUCCAGGCCACCCCUCAAGCCGCUGCGGCCGCGGCAGUUACAGGAGGUCGGCCGCCAGAGCUCCUCCGACAGCGGCAUCGCCACGGGCAGUCACUCCUCGUACUCCGGCAGCUUCUCAUCCUACGCUGGCAGCAACCUGGACGUGUGGCGGGCUGGAGAGGAGUUUGGUUCUCUGCUUAGCCUGCCGCCUGGAGCCAGUGCACCUGAGCCCAAACUGUGUGCCUGCCCACCUGGGGUGGCUGAGUACCAGGUGCCCACCUCAUUGCGACAGCACUAUGACACGCCUCGAAGCCUGCGCCAGGCCCCCAGAGACCCAAGCCCAGCCUCUCAGGGCAGCUCUGACCACAGUUCAGCCACGGACUUGGGUGGUCAGGCACCCCCGGGGUGUCCCGCCAGUUGCCUGGGAGCUCGAAGACGGGGCCAGGCAACAGAAGGCCCCGGCAGUGAAGCCACGCUGCCCAGUCCGUCCCCUGGCGAGUCCUGGGAAGCAGGCAGCCCCCAUGCAGGGCCACCUCCGGCUUUCUUUUUGUCAUGUUCAGUCUGUGGCGGACUCAAGGUCAUGGCUACUUCAUCCUCUGGACUCACUGUGACAUAUCCAGGAUCUCCAGGGCCCAUGGCUGCUGACAGCCCAGGGCCGGAACGACCACGCAGCGAGAUGCCCACGUAUGUGAAUAUCCCCAUCAGCCCCACCUCCCGACUGCAGCUGCACUACAUGGGCCUGGAGUUCCCAGGGGCCAGUGGGGGUGUGCGAGGGGCCAGCUCCUCCUCCCGCUAUGCCCAGAUUGACAUCACAGCUACCGAGACAGCGCAUCGUGUGGGGGUCCGGCAUGCACAGACUCGGGAGGAACGAUUGCCAGAGUUGGAGCAGCGGAAGAAAGGACCCUGAGGCUGCAGCUCAGGUUGAGGCUGGCUGGGCACCUGGCCAGCUGGAACAUCUGAUGUGGCCGGAUAGGCCAUCCCCUUUUGCAGAUAAUGGCCCUUGUGGCUCGGGGCCCUGGCUAGUCUGUACACUCUGGUGGUCAGUGAUUGAAGCUGAGUCUUAGUCUCCAAU